AUGCAGAAGGAAGAGGACACAGCUAUCCUUAUUGGAACUCCAAUGGCACUGAAAGGAAUGGAGUUACCUAAACCAACACCUCCUGCUAGUGAUUAUUCCAGCAAUAUCCUGAUCAGACGUUUACCAUUACUAGGUCGCAUUCAUUUUGUGAAUGAUACAAUGGGUAUUCUGACUUUAGCUUUCACAACUUUCUACUGGAUUUAUGGCACAUGUGUGGGGUUGUUUAUCAUACUGUUGCCACGAUAUCAGGAUGGUCAAGUGUCUGUGAUCUUUAUUAUUGGUUAUUCCUUCAUUGCUUUUUCCUGUAUUGUUGCAUUGUUUCGAUCUGCGACCACUAAUCCCGGUAGAAUACCCCUCUUAGAGGACCUUUCAGGCAUAAACACCGAUACUUGGAAUUUUUGUUCUAAGUGUCAGAGAAAGCGUCCCCAUCGAGCACACCAUUGUCGGCGCUGCCAACAGUGUGUAGUGAGAAUGGAUCACCAUUGCCCUUGGAUCAAUAACUGUGUGGGUGAGGAGAACCACUUCCUGUUUCUACAGCUGCUGUUUUAUGCCUUGUUACUGAGUUGCAGUGCCUUUGUUCUGUGCCAGCUCCAUUUCUGGUACUUUCCUCCUUGUCUAACCUGUGAUAAGGAGGCCUUCUUCAUCAAGCACAGUUUAUGGUUUUGUUAUUUACUGACAAUCAUGGGUGUGGGUAUGGGAGCUUUUAUGACAGCCAACCUCAUGGGCCAACACUUCAACCUCAUUAUGGACAGGACAACAUUAGAAAAUAUGGGACCACUUCCACCACUUUCAGAGAUCCAAAUGCGGCCGGAGAUUGUUGCAUACAGAGAAAUUUGUGGAAAAGGUUCAUGCCUCAACUGGUUGAAUGUGUUAAGGCGCCGUAGGGUGAGGGAGUUCCCAGCCUUCUCUCGGGUGUAA